AUGGCUCCUGCCGCAGACUUGCGACUCCGCCUGUUCAACAUCGAGGCAUUUCUGGCCAAUUUACAGGGGGAGUUGGCGGAGAUGUUGGACGAGUUUCGCAGCGAAAGCCGGAAAGUCAAGAUUGACCUUCAUGAAGCCUUCCACAAACUGGAACCACGCUACGAAGACCUCCACGGCAUUGCUCAUGAGACUGCAAGGCUAUGCUUGAUGCGAUGCUGCUCAACCUACGUGGUUGCGGGAGGACCCUUAAGCAACCCAGAUCUGGCCCACAGGGCAAUAGAAUGCCUGACGAUCCUCACCCGGUUUCCACACGUGCUUGAUGACUACGGGUCCGAGUCGACGAUAUCAAUCACGAGCCAAAGGGCAUGGAUGUGCAGGGCCCUUCACGACUGGUGUGCCUCCGCAACAAAGCUGUACAAUUGCCACUACAACCAGUACGUGCAGAUUGUGCAGACCCCGUUUCCGCUGCCGCCUGACACUGAGGACCACUGA